UCUUCAGAAUCAGAUAUGACCUUAUUGUUUUCUUUUCCUUCAGGUAGUAGAACAAGUGGAGGCAUAAUAAGAGAGACCAGUGAUGUAUCAAAUUCCCAAACAAGCAGUCCUUUGACUUCUAGUACUCUGUUACUCAUACAAAAAAAUCCUUCUGCACAUGCAAAUUCAGCAAGCUCAAUAACCGGUUUGACAUCCUUAAGUGAAGAUGCUGAUUCUGAGGAUAGUCACCAUGCAAGUUCUAGAUUCCAUACAUCGCCCCAAAUAGGAAAUGCCACUGUGAUGAACAAGUUGGAUCCUGGCUAUUUGAAUCAUUAUUCUUCACAUCCCUUUCAAGGCCAAUCAUCAAUUCCUGGAAUAAAUGAAGUGUCACUCACAUCUUCAUGGAGAUAGACGGGGAUAUUAAUUAUGACUCUUGUAUGACAGGAGCUCAAAGAACACCUGAUUUGACAUCUGGGAACAGGGCUUGGAGCAAUAUAUGCCUGUAUAUAUGGUGCAUCUUCUACUGCUUCCCUGACUUCAGUCAAAUACUAUUAGCAUCA